UCCAUGCCAGAACACUUUCCAGCACCUCCCAUCACCAACAAGAUCCUGUGGGAAGAGGUCACUGAGGAACCCUCCAUGCCAGAACCCCUUCCACCACCUCUGAUCACCAGUGACAUCCUGGGGGAAGCGCUCACUGAGGAACCCUCCAUGCCAGAACCUCUUCCAGCAACUCACAACACCAAUGACAUCCUGGAGGAAGAGCUCUCUGAGGAAACCUCCGUGCCAGAACCUCUUCCAGCAACUUACAUCACCAAUGACAUCCUGGCGGAAGCGCUCCUUGAGGAACCCUCCAUGCCAGAACACCUUCCAGCACCUCGCAUGACCAAUGACAUAAUGGGGGAAGACCUAACUGAGGAACCAUCCAUGCCAGAACCCAUUCCAGCACCUCGUAUCACCAACAACAUCCUGGGGGAAGAGCUCACUGAGGAACCCUCCAUGCCAGAACCCCUUCCAGCACCUCGCAUGACCAACGACAUCCUGGGGGAAGAGCUCACUGAGGAAUCCUCCAUGACAUAACCCCUUCCAGCAGCUCGCAUCACCAAUGACAUCCUGGGGGAAGAGCUCACUGAGGAACCCUCCAUGCCAGAAGCUCUUCCAUCACCUCGCAUGACCAAUGACAUCCUGGGGGAAGAGCUCAUUGAGGAACCCUCCAUGCCAGAACCACUUCCAGCACCUCGCAUGACCAAUAACAUCCUGGGGGAAGAGCUCACUGAGGAACCCUCCAUGUCAGAACCCCUUCCAGCAAUUCACAUAACCAAUGACAUCUUGGGGGAAGGGCUCAAUGAGGAACCCUCCAUGCCAGAACCACUUCCAGCAACUCGCAUCACCAACAAGAUCCUGGGGGAAGAGUUCACUGAGGAACCCUCCAUGCCAGAACCACUUCCAGCACCUCGCAUCACCAAUGACAUCCUGGGGGAAGUGCUCACUGAGGAACCCUCCAUGCUAGAACCACUUCCAUCACCUCUCAUGACGAAUGACAUCCUGGGGGAAGAGCUCAUUGAGGAACCCGCCAUGCCAGAACCACUUCCAGCACCUCGCAUGACCAAUGACAUCCUGGGGAAAGAGCUCACUGAGGAACCCUCCAUGCCAGAACCACUUCCAGCAACUCGCAUCACCAACAAGAUCCUGGGGGAAGAGCUCACUGAGGAACCCUCCAUGCCAGAACCACUUCCACCUCCUCGCAUCACUAAUGACAUCCUGGGGGAAGAGUUCACUCAGGAACCCUCCAUGCCAGAACCUCUUCCAUCACCUCGCAUGACCAAUGACAUCCUGGGGGAAGAGCUCAUUGAGGAAUCCUCCAUGCCAGAACCACUUCCAGCACCUCGCAUGACCAAUGACAUCCUGGGGGAAGAGCCUACUGAGGAACCCUCCAUUUCAGAACCUCUUCCUGCAACUCACAUCACCAAAGACAUCCUGGAGGAAGAGCUCAUUGAGGAACCCUCCAUGCCAGGACCACUUCCAGCACCUCGCAUCACCAAUGACAUCCUGGGGGAAGAGUUCACUGAGGAACCCUCCGUGCCAUAACCUCUUCCAGCACCUCGCAUCACCAAUGAUAUCCUGGGGGAAGAGCUCACUGAGGAACCCUCCAUGCCAGAACCCCUUCCAGCCACUCGCAUCACCAACAAGAUCCUGGGGAAGAGCUCACUGCGGAACCCUCCGUGCCAGAACCUCUUCCAGCACCUCCUAUCACCAAAAACAUCCUGGGGGAAGAGCUCACUGAGGAAUCCUCCAUGCCAGAACCCCUUCCAGCACCUCGCAUGACCAAUGACAUUCUGGGGGAAGAGCUCACUGAGGAAUCCUCCAUGCCAGAACCCCUUCCAGCACCUCGCAUGACCAAUGACAUUCUGGGGGAAGAGCUCACUGAGGAACCCUCCAUGCCAGAACCCCUUCCAGCACCUAACAUCACCAACGACAUCCUGGAGGAAGAGCUCACUGCGGAUCCCUCCAUGCCAGAAUAUCUUCCAGCACCUCGUAUCACCAAUGACAUACUGAGGAAAGUGCUCAUUGAGGAUACCUCAGUGUCAGGUCCUUCCAUCCUCACAAACACUCCAAAGGAAGCAGCUUCUGUGUCAGAGCCCUUACUAGAGCCUUCCAUGGCUUAUAAUUAUCUUCAGCAAGAAGCAGAACUCCUCAAAGCGUUACAGCAUAACUAUGUCCAGCAGCAACUGAGGGUUCGCCGCAUUUCCCAACAGUUCCCUCAUUCUCUUCGGGCCAUCAACCUGCAAAUUGGACUCUUGCGGACAAGGCUCAUCUGCAGUGAAGUUCAGCUGCAGUGGUGGGAAAGGGAAGUGCCUGUAAUCCAAGCAGCUUCUCGGGAUGUUCCUGCAGGCCCUGCUGCACUUCUCCAGGCCUCUGGGUCUGAUUCAUCAUUGUCCUCUGCCUCCCUUGAGGUUGCCUCCAUCCCACGCUCCACCUCCACCUCUUCCCUCCUCCUGCAUCCCUCUCCACCUCCUCCUCCUUCCCCACCUCCUCUGGAACCGGACCUCAGCAAUGUGAAAGAAACUCUGCAGAGUUUGGUAGAGAUGCAGCUCCAUCAGCUGCGUGACUGCCAAAGAGACCUCCGCAGCUGCCAGGAAUGCUUACAAAGCUUCAAGGCACUGAGGGGACAAUUGAGGCGGCUAAGGAGCAGACUGGCCAGGGUGGAAGCCACUAUGGGGAUCGUGGUUCCUCCAAGGGAGCUGGACGUUGCUGAGGAAGGGGAAGGCAAAUUAAAAGAGACAACUGUGCUACUAUUUACAUAAGCAGCAAUAACAUGCGGUGUAUAUAUUCUUUAAAACAUUAAAUAUUUGUUUUAAUAGAAUGUAGAGAUAGAACAGCAAUAAAACUUGCAUAUUUAUUGUUUAAAACAAUAAAAUGUUUUAUUUUAA